AUGGUUGCCGGUGGUGGAGCAUCGGUGGUGUUCACUGAUACGGUAUGUGAUCUUGGUGGUGCCUCUGAACUGGCGAAUUACGGUGAAUAUUCUGGUGAUCCAUCAGAAACUCAAACGUUUGAAUAUGCAAAAACUCUCCUGUCGGUGAUGACGGAAGGCCCACCACAUCCAAAAGGCAAAGUGCUAAUCAUUGGAGGAUCGAUUGCCAACUUCACAAACGUCGCCAAGACUUUCGGAGGAAUUGUGCGAGCGUUCGAAGUGUUUGUUGAGCGUAUACGUGAACAUAAAGUGACAAUUUUUGUACGCCGUGGUGGUCCCAAUUAUCAAGAAGGUCUUCGAAGAAUCAAAGAUGCAGCACAAAAGCUGGAGUUACCGGUGCAUGUGUUUGGUCCGGAAACCCAUAUGACAGCUAUUGUUGGAGCAGCACUUGGUAUUCGUGAUCUCCCAGAAGUACCACACGUACCACAGACUACUGGGCAGUUCCUUCUCAGUCCAGAAAGAAACACGGCUGGAGGAGUUCGUGCCACGUCCCGACACCCGUCUAAUGAUCUCAAUUCGGACCCAGCUGCUGGUGACUCCACAUCUACCGCUGUCAUGAGCAACUCUAAUGAGAAUCACCAACUGUACGAGAGUC